CCCAUUCCCCACCCUAAUUACACUACCACCCCCAAGUCCUCAGCAUCGGAGUCAAGAGCUACAGGGACACUUCCGUUCUCCUUGUAGGAUUGGUGAAACCGUAAUGAAGAAAACCCCCUAAACUCCUAUAAUCGAUUUGGGGAUAUUCCCUGCCCAAAAAAUUCCUGGAAAAUUGACUAGUAUUAAGUGUGAGUAAAAGGUGUCCACUUUUUUUAAGUUUUGAUUUUAGUUUUGUCUUGGAUAGUAUUUGGGAAGAUUUAGCCUAGAAGUUAUGUAGUAUUUAUUACAUAAGAAUCACAAUUGCUUUGUUACUGCACUGUUUUCAAAAUUUAGAACUCAUUUCUAUGUAUCAAAAUAGUUUUUUUUUUGUUUUGUUUUGUUUUGAUUUUGGUUUUUUUGGAUAUUCUUAAAUGGUAAAUGUACCAUUGUGAAAUGAAAUUUCAACCCCAAAAGUUUACCCUUUUACCAACUGGAGUAAAUGGAUAAUUACAAAGUCUUCAGCUGUAGCCAACAGUGAUAAAGAACUUGGAACUAGGUUGCAUAAGCAAGCCUUUGCAGGGCCAAUAUUGAAUGUCAUGCCAGUGACAUUGGUGUUGAUAUAAAAGAAGAAAAAAAUUUUCCCUUAGAUAGAAGCUUUCUGUGUUUUGACAGUGCCAGUUCAGGAUGGCUAUAAUGCUGCUCUGCCUUCUACAGCUUGCUGCACCACUCUGUAGUUACUCCAUAACUAUACGUUUUUAUCUUUUUUGGUUAAACACUCCCUGAUGAUGAUGAUGAUGAUGAUAUACAUACAUCCAUAUUAUACACAUUGAUAUAUGUGUAAGGAUUUCCCUUUGUCUUUAUUCUGUGGCCUGGGCAAAAUUUAGUGUAACAUUAACUUCAUAAUACUUUGAUAUAAAAGUAAGUUCACUAUUUUUAUGAUGAACCCAAAUCUAAAGGCUUUUAUAGUGUAUUUUAAAAGGGGAAACUUACCCAAAUGUUUUAUUUCUACACGUUUGUGUAUAUGUGUGUGUGUGUAUAAACCAGUAUAUAUGUAUAUGUAUAUAAUAUACAUGAAACACUUAAUAUUUUUACAUACAAGUAUGCUUUUAUUAUACAGAUAAUAAAGAUGGGGGAAGGUUUCUGUUUUUUUCUUAAUAGGUGAAGAUAUCUUGAAGACCAGAAAUUGGAUCUUAUUGAAUUUUGGUGGUUUUUUUCUUUUUUCUUUUUUUCUUUUUAAAUUAUAUUACUCGGCUAUGGAAGAUGGAUUUUUUUCUUUUUCUUUUUUAAUAACCCUUUGAAUCGCAAGUUCAUUUUUAAAUGAACUCUUUUUUCUUUCUUUCUUUUUUUUAUUUUUUGUUUUUUGUUUUUUAUUUUUGAGGAGAUAACUAACCCUAGCUGUCUCCAGUCUGACAAAGGUUAUUCGAAUGGACUUAAUCUCUCAAUAGUUGGGAGAUGUUUUAAAAACACAUCCUGUGUUUGAAUUGUGGCUGAGAGGUUUCCUUGGCAAUGUGAGGAGAAAAAUUCUUUCUGCCUCAUUAUUAUUAAUUCAUGGAUUGAGUGUUGGUUCGACCUACAGGCGUAAAUAGAUUGGAACUCAUUGAAGACACAGAUGUUCCUGUUGAGAGCAACCAGCUAAUGAUUACAUUUUCUGUGAUUGAGUUGUCUAUUUGGAAGAUUAAACCCGUUUCAAGAAGUCUUGGAGCCGGUCCUCGCCUUGAGGAAACAGUGGCCUGUUUCAAGAAGCUACUUCUGAUCUAAGAAUCUACCCAGCAUGCCUAAUCAAGGAGAAGACUGCUAUUUUUUUUUCUAUUCUACAUGUACCAAAGGUGACAGCUGCCCAUUCCGUCACUGUGAAGCGGCACUAGGAAAUGAAACUGUUUGCACAUUAUGGCAAGAAGGGCGCUGUUUUCGACAGGUGUGCAGGUUUAGGCACAUGGAGAUCGAUAAAAAACGCAGUGAAAUUCCUUGUUAUUGGGAAAACCAGCCACUGGGGUGUCAAAAACUAAACUGUGCUUUCCAUCACAACAGAGGACGUUAUGUUGAUGGCCUUUUCCUACCUCCAAGCAAAACUGUGUUGCCCACUGUGCCUGAAUCACCAGAAGAGGAAGUGAAGUCUAGCCAGCUCACAGUUCAACAGAAUAAAUUGUCUGUCCAGUCUAAUCCCUCCCCUCAGCUGCGGAGUGUUAUGAAAGUAGAAAGUUCCGAAAAUGUUCCUAGCCCCACACAUCCACCUGUUGUAAUCAAUGCUGCAGAUGAUGAUGAAGAUGAUGAUGAUCAGUUUUCUGAGGAAGGUGAUGAGACCAAAAUACCUACCCUGCAGCCAACUCCUGAAAUUCAUAAUGGAUUACGAGUGGCUUCUGCUCGAAAACCUGGGGUCAAUUUAAAGCAAGGCGAAUGUUUGAAUUUUGGAAUAAAAACUCUUGAGGAAAUUAAAUCAAAGAAAAUGAAGGAAAAAUCCAAGAAGCAAGGUGAAGGUUCUUCAGGAGUUGCCAGUCUUUUACUCCAACCUCAGCCCAUUCCAGGUCCUGAAAAGGAGAACGUCCGGACUGUGGUGAGGACAGUGACUCUGUCCAGCAAACAAGAAGAACCCUUGGUUAGAUUGAGUCUUACCGAGAGAUUGGGGAAACGAAAAUUCUCAGUAGGUGGUGACAGUGAUCCUCCAUUAAAACGUAGUCUUGCACAGAGGUUAGGGAAGAAAGUUGAAGCUCCAGAAGCUAGCAUUGACAAAACUCCAAAGAAAGUUCAAGUAUCCAAGUCUCUGAAGGAGCGAUUAGGCAUGUCAGCUGUUCCAAACAAUGAGGAGGCGACAGAGAGGGUUAAUACAGUUGGCGAGAUCCAUGUGAAGACAUUAGAAGAAAUUCUUCUUGAAAGAGCUAGUCAAAAACGUGGAGAAUUACAGACUAAAUUCCAGACAGAAGUACCUUCAAAAGCUGAUGAUUCUACUUCAGGAACAAGAAACUCCUCCACUAUUCGAAUCAAAACUUUCUCUGAGGUCCUCGCUGAAAAAAAACAUCGGCAGCAUGAAGCAGAGAGACAGAAAAGCAAAAAGGAUGCAACUUGCAUCAAGCUAAAAACUGAUAGUGAAAUUAAAAAAACAGUGGUUUUGCCUCCCAUAGUUGUCAACAAAGUACAGUCAGAGGAGCCUGCAGGUAGAGCAAAGUCUAUGCAGGAAGUGCACAUCAAGACGCUGGAGGAAAUUAAAUUGGAGAAGGCAUUGAGGGUGCAGCAGAGCUCAGAGAGCAGCACCAGCUCCCAGCCUCAACCUGAGGCCACCCUGGGGACAAGGCGGCUGCUCCGAAUUACCAAACGAACAGGUGCAAAAGAAGAGAAGAAACUUCAGGAAGGAAGUGAAGUUGCUUCUCAGAGCACUGUUACUAGAACAGAGACUAAAGAGGCUUCAGGUGAGACCAUAGCAGUUGACAUCAAUAAAAUCCAAGUCAAGAGAUGUGAGACCAUGAGAGAGAAGCACAUGCAGAAACAGCAGGAGAAGGGAGCCUCACAGAAGGAAAAAUCAGUCUUGACACCCCUUCAGGGAGAUGUAGCCUUUUACAAUACCCAGGUGGCAGAGAAACCAGCACUCACUGCUGUGCCAGGCAUCACACGGUACUUGACCAAGCGGCUUCCCACAAAGUCAUCCCAGAAGGCAGAGGUAGAAACCUCAGGGAUUGGGGACUCACUAUUGAAUGUGAAAUGUGCAGUGCAGACCUUGGAAAAAAGGGGUAAAGCUAAACCCAAAGUGAAUGUGAAGCCAUCUGUGGUUAAAGUUGUCUCAUCCCCCAAAUUGGCCACCAAACGUAAGGCAGCGGAGGUACAUCCUGCUGUCAUUGCAGCUGUGAAGCCACUCAGCUCCAGCAGUGUCCUGCAGGAAAGCCCAGCCAAAAAAGCAGCUGUGGCUGUUGUCCCACUCCUGUCUGAGGACAAAUCAGUCACUGUGCCUGAGACAGAAAAACCUAGAGACAGUCUUGUGCUGCCUGCAACUCAGUUCCCUUCAGAUCUCUCACCUUCGGAGGUAUCUGGCCCUUCCUCAUCUCAAGUGGCCACGAAAACUCGCCGACUCAGUACUGCCUCAACAGGAAAGCCCCCUCUCUCUGUGGAGGAUGAUUUUGAGAAACUAAUAUGGGAGAUUUCAGGAGGCAAAUUAGAAGCUGAGAUUGACCUGGAUCCUGGGAAGGAUGAAGAUGACCUUCUGCUUGAGCUAUCAGAAAUGAUUGAUAGCUGAAGGUGGUAGUGAGAACACUUAAAAACAAACAAAAACUCACCAAAAAACUGGACUUAGUUUCAUCUAUUAUAACAUUUACCUGAGAUGAUCAUUUCUUUAGUCUAGAAUUUGCCCCAAAUCGGAAGUAUACCUCUGGAUUAUCUGUAUAUGUCCUGGAUUCCUUGGAGUCAGAUUUUUAGUCACUUGAUAACCAUUUUGUCCACUUGGUACCAUUGUUUAAGCAUCUUUCAGAAAAAAUUUCUGUUGUACCUUUCUCUCCACAAAAUAGAGACUAAGAGGGAGAUAAAGUGAAAGUGCAAGAGAA